AUGUCGUCUUCGUCUAGUGAUUCCAUUCAAAUUGUGGAAACAGCGGGGUUGCAGCGGUUGAGUAAGCUAGACUCCAGGUUCUUGCGAAAUGGUCUACCUUAUACGAUCCUAACACGAAAUGAGAAAUACGUACUCUCGUGCAACUUGGCACUUAUGGGAUUAUGCUGUUCCAUCACCAUUUCCAUUUAUUUUGUGGCUUUGACACAACUACAGCUAGACUUUCAUGUUACUGAAGAACAGAUUAACUUAACCAUUACUGCGUAUUUGGUGUUUCAGGCUACUUCACCAGUCUUUGUAUCUAACCUAUCAGAUCAUUAUGGAAGAAGACCUGUUCUUAUAGUGUGCCUCACUGGAGGACUUGGUGCCAGUAUAGGAUUGGCACUCUGUAAUACUUAUUGGCUCUUAAUGUUUUUGAGGUGCCUUUUGGGAGUAUUUCUUUCCCCUAUAGUGAGCAUCAACUCCAGUGUGGUUGGAGAUUUCACAUCGGGUCGUGAUAGAGGUGGAUUUAGCGGAAUAAUAGGUGGAUUCAGCGUGAUAGGUCAAGGUAUUGCACCCUUUUUGGGAUCUUUGUUCGAUGCUAGAUGGGGAUGGAGAGCAAUAUUUUGGUUUUGCGCUGCUUACAAUGCACUUGUUCUCUUAGUAACCAUCAUCUUGUUGCCUGAGACCAAGCGUUCCAUUGCAGGCAAUAUGAGUCAUUUGCCCGAUAAAUGGAUCCAUCGUGCUCCCUCUCUAGUGCAUUUUAGAGGGAGAUUUACGGACACCGAUGGAAUCACCUUAGAGCCACCAAUGCCUUCCAAGUAUAACCCAUUCGAGCCAUUUUUUAUGAUGAAGGAUUUGGACGUGACUCUAGUCUUACUUCCCUGUGCUCUUAUGUAUUCCACUUGGACAAUGUCCCAGGCCAGUUUGACCACAAACCUUGCGAAGCAAUACCAUUUCUCCACGCUUAAGAUAGGUCUAUCCUUCUUCGCCCCUGGUUUUGGUACCAUUACAGGUGCGUUGGUUAGUGGUAAAUUGAUGGAUGUCCUCUAUGGACGGAUGAAAAAGCGUUAUGUUGAGAAGUGGUCCACUAAUCCAGAGGCAGAGCGACCUCCGUUCAACGUCAUCAAGGCUAGACUUUCUCUUUACUAUAUCUGCUCUGCAAUUGUGGUGGUGUUUGUUUUGGUAUAUGGCUGGUGCCUAAGAUAUCACGAGAGUGUAGCGAUAAUUCUAGUCUCUUCAUUCAUUUUCACUGUUUGCAGUAUGUACCCUCUUAGUACUGCCAUGACAUUGAUGGUUGAUCUUCAUCCGGAGAACUCUGGAGGUUCUACCUCCUUAAAUAAUUUCUACAGAUGCGGAUUGGGUGCUAUAUUUGUUUCCUGCUUGACUAAGAUGAAUGCUGCCAUGGGAAUAGGGGGAACUUUCACUUUUAUGUCGGGAUUAUGCGCAUUUAGUACGGGACUAAUAUGGCUGGUUUUAAAAAGAAGUGAAGCACGCACCAAGUGA